UGCGAGGUAAAAAUUAAUUCGUAAUGAAGGUCGUUUUUUCAUGUAUUAGCACUUCCAAAUGAAAUGCUCUUAAAAUCGUAGAGUUGAAUAUAAAACUCGACUGAUUUCCCACUGAGGAAUUAUUUAUGGUAAGUAACUCAACUUUAACGAAGCAAUUUUAUGUUAAUUUUUAUUUAGUUGUGAUCAACAGUUAUGAUAAAAAUAUGAAUCAACUGAUGAAUACCUGGUGGGUGUUUCAAAAUAUUUUUUAUAUGCCUAUAUAACGAGAUCUAUAUAUUAUAUUUUAUUCCUGAACUAAAAAUUAUGUGUAAACUUCGUAUUGUAAAUAUAACAUAGAGGCUUUUUAUAAGGCCUUCAGCGAAAUUAUCCACUUAAAAAAUAUAACUAAAGAUCCAAUCGGAGUUAAAACGACGAUUCAAUCUCCUAGUGGUUUAUUCAGAAAAGAAAAUAGAUAUUUAGAAUGUAUUAAAAAUAGCAACAAAUAAAACUUUUAAUAAAGAAAAAAUAAUGUUGAUGAAAUUGACUACAAUUUUAAUAUAAACAUAAUUGUUCUAUUUUAUUAGCGUCAUUAAAUAAUAAUUUGUUUAUAUAUACGGUACUUUGUAAUGUGUUAACAUAAAAUAAUAUCUUUUUUAAAUAGAAGAUAAUAAUUAUAAUAAUACGAAUUAUUUUCACAUAAAUAUAUUAUAUAAUUUUGAGAAUGGGGAAGACAAGCAGGAGAUUAAACCCUAAAAUGAUUUUCCCUUAACAUCUUAACAUAUUCGUCUGAAGCCACGCUCACAAUUAUAGCACAUUGAUUAUAACUAGAGAUGAAAUGAAAUGUACACUUUGAUAACAGUUCUUGGUAUUAAUAAUUAUAUUUAUUUAAAAUUAUUGUCAAAUAAUUGAUAAGCAACACUACACAUAAUGGCGAGGGACGUGGCGGUGCACCUUCAAUAAUUUCAUGAAAUAUAACUUUAAUAUAAGUUAUAACUAUCUUAUUAAUUUGCAACGCAGAUAAAAUAAACUUGAGACAUGUUUAUAGAUUGUUUUAUAUUAAAUUAAUAUAAAGGUCACACCAGAAAAAUAACUCAUUUAAUAAAAAAAGGUAUAUAUAUAUACCAGAAUAAAAUGUAUAAUGUGGAUACCUUCCAUAUAUAUUUUGCUUAUAAAAUCUAUAGAAUAUACUAAUAAACUAUUUGCAGUAUAUCUUUCUAAUUUCAGCUUACUCUAGAUUAGCAUUACUCAUAUGGAAGUAUGGGUAUAAGAUCUCUAUAUAAUAUAUAUAAAAUGAGAUUGCUUAAUUUAAAGGAUGACAAAUAAAUUCCAAGAAACUAAAAAUUUCUUACUAGUUUUACGAUAGACGUUUAAAUUUAUGAUCAUCAGUACCUCCAAAUAGACUUUAUUUGUUUAGACCUACAGUCAGAUUUGAAAAUAGCGUCUCAUAUUCUUUCUUUUAUUAGCGAAAUAUUCCAGCCAAUCACCAGCUUUUCCGGCUAAUUAGAUGUUACUUGAGGCAAAAAAUUGCUUACAUUCGUAUAUCAUUUUCCAAAUACCUGCCCACUUAAUUAUCGAACUUUCAAAAUAGUCCACAGAUUGAGCCAUGAGAAAAAAGAAGGAUCGGCUGCAGAGAAGCUGACAUAUAAACUUGCUAGCCAACCUCAUCAAAGUUCUCGGUGUUCAUUUACGAUAUAAUAAAUACUAAUCACAAAACCAAUUAUAGAUUUAUCACAAUAGGCACGCUAUACUAACGCAAAUUUAUUUCUAUUAAACAAGUUACAGAAGUUGUGUCAGUAAUUUUAUUAAAAAUAAAAGCAUAAACAGUUUUUGAAUUUAAUAUUUAACUUUAAAAAAAAACUUAUAUUCGCACAACCUGUCCGCAUAAUUAGAAAUAUAAAAAAAAAAAUAACUCACUUGACAUUUCAAGACAUUUACUAGCCGUUAUAACGUUUUAUUUAUAUACAAGAACUAAACAAAGAUAUAACAAAAUGCCGCUUUCUCCUAGAAAAUUUGUUUCCACUAUGACUAACUCAACUGUGAAUAAAGGAGUGGAAGCUAGGGAAACAGAAAUUGCAAAUAUUCGAUUGGACGCGGAAGUGAUAAGUUCAGACCGCGGAGCAACUGACAGCGGUGAUUGGGCUGGGGAGCAUUGGGGCCGAGCUGCUGUCCCCGAAGUCGCCAGGGGAGGAGGGACAAUGGCUGCUGGCGACGCACCACGAGCUCCUCCUCCUCUCACAUCGUCUUCCACUGACCAGUCAGCCUCUUACGUACAGGUGGUAGUGCAGAAACAACGACGCGUCGGAUCUCGUCAUCCGGUAGCUUCCAGUCCCUUGCAUACAGAGCCAGUACGAUCUGCUUUACCUAUUCCUACUUUAGAAAAUAAGACUUUACCCGCAACGGUUCUGCUUGCCUGUCCGGCUUUCGCAGCCCUUCAUCAACACUCCUGGAAUGGAGCGCGUGGCUUAGGUGACUCUGGUGGCCAGACCAAUGAGACUGCGAUGAGGAAAGAAAGAACCGACGUGCAGGAACUCCGCGAGAGUCCUGAUGAGAAUAUAAAGAAGCUUUACUUCUGGCAAAAAAUGCAUCGGACCUGCAAUCAUCAAGUUGAUGAUUACGACGAGGGCCCGGAUUGCGUUGAGGUAUAUGCGUUUGAGAGCGGUUGUGGGGCGCUCGUGUCUCGCGGAACGGGACACAUAUCUCGUUUGGAACGUGGAGCUCGGAAAGCCGCACGUCCCGCCGCCAUCUUGCUUAAUGAGCUACUUGCUGUGCCACGACUAGCAUUUAGUGGUGUCCUUCACGUCACCCUUCAGCUGCAAAGAUGCUUGCUGCUCAGUUUACGCGAGGCGCUGACGGGAGUAGUACAGACGUCAGUUGACGUGCUGGUGAAGCCAUUACUGGCGCUUGCCUUCAACGCUGUACUCCGCCCGCCUCUGGUGUGCGUGGCACAAACUGCUGGCGCGAUACGAGAAGCUUUACGACCUCUUUCUUUAGCACUUAUUGAUGCCCAAGAGCCCUUCGCGAGGCUAAUAUCAUCCCUUCGUCUGGUUCAAGUUGAAACACACUGCACGCGGUCAGGAACACACAACGUUUAAGAUUCUUAAAUCUGCAUUAUUCUGGGUACUGUUAUAAGCUCGAAAUUUACGUUAAAACCAUAUUAUAUAUUUUCAAUUUAGUUAUAUAAAUGUUUCACAUCAGUUUACGCGGUAAUUAUGUAGUAUUAUGUUUAUUUAAUAUAGGAAUUUAACAAAAAAAAAAAAUCAAGAAAUUAACGAAACCGUUGUAAAACUUUUAUUAUUUAUUAAAAAAAAAAACAAGAAUUUUUAGAAUGCCGUAUAAUAAUUUAAGAUGACUUAUAGAAAAUUAUCUGAUAAUUUCUAAAACUAAGUUUAAUUUCCUAUAAAAUUAUGAUUUAUCUCAAGAACAUGUGAUUUAUUAUUAGAUAGUAAGAUUUUUAUUUAUGUAUAAAAGAUGGGGAUUACAAAGAUACAACGUAAUUACCCAGUUUCAGAAAUAAAUAUACUGCUUUUAUAAGGUAAAACCUUUAGAAACAAUUAAAAAAACAUUGUGAAUUUAAAAAAGAAUCCAAAACACACAUCUUUACAUCGACAAUAGUAUUAGAAAUAUUUCAAUAUACAAGAAAUGUUUAACAUUUAAUAUGAAGAAACAUGUAUAUUUUUAUACCUUUUUUUUUGUUUAUUUCAUAAAAUUCCACACAAGUUCCAUACAAAUAAAACAAAUAAAAUUCCAUACACAUUUAUUCCACAUGAAUUGGUUUUAAAGCAAAUAAAAAGGUUUUACAUAAGAUAAAUCAUUUAAGGCCUUUUCUAAGAAAUGGUUACUUUAUUUACCAAUAAAUAAGUCCAAUUACCAGAGAAGAACAAACAUUUUGCAAGAAAAAUAUGCAAUUACACGUAUCUGAUCAGCUGCAUAUUAUGGAAAUGUUUAAAGGAAAACUUUGUCAUAUUAAACGUCACUACAAAUGCGGGCGGUGUAUUUUUUUACUAUAACUAAAAAUGUUCUUGAAUGAAAUACACAUUGUAUACACAUGGCAUGAAAGUUUGGAUUAUAUUUAAAAAAAACUAAACUAUCGUAUUGCGUAGUUUUUAGUACCUCGCGAUAAAUCCUUCUUCCUAUCUUAAGUAGUCUUAUCUAUAUAAGAACUUUUAAACAAGAAAGGCUAACGCUACACAGAUUCAUUAUACCUUUUUUUUUCUCGUGGGGAAAUGCUUAAUGCAUACUCUCUUGCUUGGGGAGGAAGAAAGAGGAGUUAUGUCGGACUCUCGUCCUGAUAAGGACGCACUACCGACUAAAACCCCACGGGUUGUCCCAUGCGCCGUUCUCCUGCUAAGCCACAGGGCCCGCAAGGCGAUUCUGCUGUAGUCUAGCAUCGGCUGCCCCACAAAAGGGGGUAUUUUCCACUACAGUUGGGCUCUUCAUUUUAGACAGUGGCACACUGUGCAUAAUCGAGGCCUCAGACCGUAAGGUGGCAGACGUCCCCACGUCCACCACCCGGAAGCCCGUCAAGGCGGGAGACGGCGCUCAUGCGCUGUCCUCCUUCGUCCCGCACGACGUCGUCUUAUCGGGUCAGAGGAAGGUGCCUUUUCCCGUUCUCUUUCGUCAGCCUCCUU